GAGCAAGGUCAUAAGUUCGCACGGUGAACCCUAAGCUAGUAGCUAAUCGUAAACAAACAUACAGUGUACUAUGGUAAUGUGCAUGGAGUAGGUUCGUAGAUCAAGCUCCCAAUCAUCAACUUCUCUUAGAAUGGCGCAAGGCCCAGCGCACCCUAUCAUCACCACGUCAGUUCGAGCGUUUGAAGAUCAUAAAGGCACUGUUCUCGCAAUCGCAGUCUUCCCCGAUGGUCGCCGUAUGGUGACAGGCUCAACAGACAAGACCCUUCGUUUGUGGGACUUGAAGAAUGGCCUUGUGUUGAAAAAUAUGGAGGGACAUUACGACAUGGUAUGGACAGUGGUGAUAUCAAGAGACGAGAAAAUCAUCACAAGCGGGGGUGACAAGGGAGAGCUCAUCGUUUGGCACAGUGUCACUGGUGAAUUUCUCACCAAACCCAUCAAAGCUCACUCCUGGUCGAUCUUCUCGAUGGACUUUUCUCCUGAUAGCAAAUUACUGGUAACUGGUUCACGGGACCAAACGACGAAGCUUUGGUGCACAAAAACGUGGACGCUGCAAGGAAAUCCAAUCGCCUGUCGUUCAGCAGUCUACUGCGUUCGGUAUUCGCCAGAUGGCGAACUUCUUGCCAUUGCGACAUUCAAGGAUAUCCAAAUAUGGAAUCCGUGCACAAGGGAUUGUAUCGUAAUCUUUCAAGCAGCGAUCAGUCCAGCAAACAACAUCUCACUUGUGUGGACGCCCAAUGGCAGACAGCUUCUCUCGGCGGGUUCUGGUUCUGAUCCCACCAUACGUUGUUGGGAUUCAUCGACUUGGAACCAGAUUGAUGAUCUUUGGAGCGGGCACACGCGAUUUAUUAGCGCCAUUGUCCUGAAUUCUGCCGGUACGCUCGUUGCCUCUGCAUCUCAUGACACCCAUGUCCGUCUUUGGCGUCUCUCGGAUCGACGAACCAUUUCCAUAUUCAAGCACUCCAGUGCGGUGUGCUGUGUCACCUUCUCUGCAGAUGGGAAGCAACUCCUGAGUGGAGGUUAUGAUAAAAAGGUCUUAGAGUGGACAGUACCCGAAGACGCUUUGCCGGUGGAUGCUCCUAUGGAACAUUUAUUAAACAUGAUCCUCUCCAUGAACACGACAAUCCGCAAUGCAUGCUUAACUGGAGACUUGCAUACCGCUGAAGCAUUGCUAACAAACGAGAUCAACGCCGACGGUAGCAACUAUAACUCCUAUGCCAAUCGCUCUGUUGUUAUGGCGCGAAAACUUGACUGGGAUUGCGCUCUCACUGAUGCAUGCAAGUCCGUAAGCAUUCAGCCCUCGUUAUCGGGCUUAAUCUCGAAGGGCAUUGCCCUCUGCGGGAAAAUGCAAUUUCAGGACGCGAUGAAAGCAUUUGACUUCGCAUUCACGUUCACAAACGAAGAUUUAAAGACUGUUCAUUUACUUUCAUUGAUCAAGGCCAUCGCACUCUUCAAUGCAAAUCAGCAAGUGGACGCAAUGCAGCACCUUCAAGAACUUGCCACAACUUAUCCUAACGCAGAUACUAUUGCGUAUGGCGCCGUGGAAGCUUAUCUACUUGUCCGACUGGGAACCAAUGCCUUCGAUGGUGCACGUUACAACGAAGCCGCUGACCAUUUCGCCAACGCUGUUAAUUCAAUUGGCUUUUCGUCUGGAUCAGCCAUUCAUUCUACGCAUGAGGACUUCGUUGUGCUCUUCGGAUGGGACCUGAAGUCAUUGUGGAAAAAUGCACACCAGAAAUGGUGUGAUGCACUCCUUUGUGCGGGUAGACUCGGUGAAGCCGUCAGAUCAUAUCGAUAUAUGAUGGAUGAGAGCGAUGAAACUACGAAGACCGCUUGCCUUAAUUGGUCCGCUGAUUUUAAGCAAAAUUGCACUGUGCGCUAUGCUGCCAAUAUGGAUGUUGCUCUCGAUGCGAGCGGUGACGCUGUCCUUGCUGCAGGCGGAGAUGCCGCCCUCGCUGCACAUGAUUACAACAGGGCUAUUGGACUUUACUCGGCGGCGAUCGAUCUGGAUUAUGCAACCGAUACCAUCUAUGCGAAUCGCAGUAUGGCGAAGUCGAAAAAAAUGCUAUGGGAGGGUGCCAUUGCCGAUGCGCAAGCGGCCAUUGAACUCAACCCUUCAUCUUAUCGUGGAUACGAGGUGAAACAUAUGGCGCUUUAUGGCGCGCAACGCUACGAUGAAGCAAUCGAAGCCUUCCAAAACAUGCUCUCCAAGUUGGAACAUUCUCCCGACACACAAAUACAAGAGCUGCGCCAGCAGUACGUCAAUCGAUCUGACGUCGAAGGUGCUAUUCGAAAGAUUAUUAAUUCUCAACUUGAAAAUGCCCCGCUUCGUCUACUCAACACUUCCACUGGGCGUUUAUGUGAUCGAAAGGGGCAGAUAAACGCCUUCGAAACGAGCACAGAGUACAAGGAGCUUGUGUCGUCAACUACGAAGCCCGCAGACCUCCAAAGGAAACACAUCAAUGACGUGGUGGCGCUGUACUUCCAAUAUGUUACGCUAUCACAUAGGUGGGAAAGAAAUGAGCCGCUGCUGCGGGACAUCCAGGAGGAGGACGUGUACAGGUUGGAUCCAGUUGAUGGCGUCGUCAAGUUGCAGUCGUUCUGCAAAGCUUCGCAUGAUGCGGGAUAUCGCUGGGCAUGGAGUGAUACAUGCUGCAUCGACAAGAAUAAUAAUGCAGAGGUGCAGGAAUCAGUUAACUCUAUGUUUAUCUGGUAUCGCCACUCAGCCCUCACGAUUGUCUACCUUUCGGAUGUUAUGCGUUCAUCUGAGCCUGGCGCACUGGCGAAGAGUGAGUGGAACAGGCGAGGAUGGACCUUUCAGGAAUUCGUGGCUCCCAGAGUCCUGCUCUUUUAUCAGAGGGACUGGACCCUUUGUCUCGACGACCGCUCUCACAACCACAAAGACUCUGUCGCUAUCAUGAAUGAGUUGCAAAAUGCGACAGGCAUAGAUUCGCAGAGCCUCGUCGCAUUCCGUCCAGGGAUGAGCGGCGUCCGAGAAAAACUCCAAUGGGCGUCGAAGCGUGUCACUACUUUGCAGGAAGACAUUGCAUACUCAUUAUUUGGCAUCUUCGACAUUCACCUACCUGUGAUCUACGGUGAGAAGAAGCAAAACGCUCUUGGGAGGCUCUUGCAGGAGAUUGUAGCUCAGUCGGGCGACAUCAGUGCCCUGGACUGGGUGGGACAAUCGUCCGAGUUUAACAGUUGUCUACCAGCCGAAAUUACCUCGUAUACAGCUCCGCCAUGCACCCUACCAUCUGUGUCCGAAGAUGAGUUUCAGGCAACUGUCUCCUUGCUGCAGGAUACCGUGUCUGUAGAAUCGGCUUCAACAUUGUAUGACGCGCUUGACAACUUGAGCGCGCCACGUUUCUCGCAACGUCGGCUUCAUCUGCCCUGUAUCACAUUCCCUGUCAGAGAAUUAAGACGGGGGCGUGGUCAGGGCCAGGAGACAUCUUUCACGUAUGAAGUCAAAGCGCGCGGACUUCAUGAUCUGGUGAUCACCACGGAAGAAAAGCUGGUUCAAUUUUCACCAGCAAAGCCCACCCUGCAGACAUUCUUACUAGUCUAUCCGUGGAAUCGGCACCUCCUCAUGUUGCCUGACUUCGCAGAAUCACCUGAUUUAUGGGACGACGCGCAGAGCGAUGAAGGUUUUUGGGAUAAUACGCAGAGCGAGAAAGGUUAUGGGGAUGAUACGCAGAGCGAGGAAGGUUUUUGGUCCGUGCCUCAGUCUCCAUCACACGAUUUACCCGUCAUGUUUCCUGGAGAACAUUGCGCUGAUUCAGAGUCUCACCUGCGAGCGUUGCAAUUGAUUGUUCGUCUUGGACAGCCUUUUGGUGCAUUUCUGCUAGCGCAGCAGCGUGGCGGAGAGUACAAGAGAAUCGCAUCAGAUCACAAUAUCAUUGCACAAGUCCAAGACGUGGCCUCCAUUAACGAGAUGAUUGACAUCAGGACACUAGAGAUACUGUAGCUAUACACAUCUUGAAGAGCAGGGAUGCUCAACAAAUUUUCUCACUUACCUUAAUAGAUAGCACUUUUAUGACUCCAAAGCGAACUUUACAGCUACUUUCAUAUCCGCCGUAAACAGGAUUUCGUCUUGCCGCUUCUAUCUUAGAAGUAGGAGCUGGACAAACGAAAGGGCCAAAAGUCUACCCACUUUUUAUAACCUCUCCCCUUGACAUCCCCGAUCACUGGGACGACUUUAAAUGGCCUAUCACAAAGUGCACACGUGAAAAACUGGCACACUUCGAUCACAAACGUCGGAUCGCUAUGUCGAGAACCCUGGCUUUGUAGUUUUGGCCGAGCCUGAUACUCACAUU